AUAUGGUUGAUCUAUUUGGUGGCGAAGAAGUAUACAACGAGAAAUAUAAAGUUGAAGACUGUCAUGUUCAUGGGAAUUCUUCUAAGUGUACACCAUGUAAAAAGUGUGAUAAGUUAACUUUUUCUAAAUAUGAUGCAUGUAUAAUACAUGCUG